AUGACCGAGGAACAACUUGAUGAAAAGUAUCCCAAUCGUCCUCACAAUCACUCAACGACUUUUCCUUUUCGGGACCUCUAUCUUGACCUCUUCAACNNCCCCCUCAAUGACAACAAAAGACGUCGCGGUGGUCCUGCUCUUGCAAGAAGACGCGGUACACACAAGCAAAAUGUUAACGAAACUCGCAAAUCUAUCAUCGAGAGGUUCAUCAAUCGAUGGCGUACCGAAGUUGGCAAUGACAUCUUUCCUCUCUUCCGUCUUAUUGUACCCGAGAAGGACCGCGAACGUCCAAUGUACGGUCUGAAAGAGGCUACCAUCGCCAAGCUAAUGCUCAAGACCCUACAAAUCGACAAGAAUAGCGAGGCUGGCUACAAUCUCCUCCACUGGAAAUUACCUGGUGUCAAAUCUACCAGUCAGAUGGCUGGCGAUUUUGCUGGCAGAUGUUAUGAGACCAUGGCUGAUCGUGAAGGCCGUUCCGGUCCUGGCAAACUCACCAUUGAACAAGUCAACGACAUGCUUGAUGAACUGUCUUCGAAACAUAAGGAAGAAGAACAACUACCAAUCUUCCGCAAGUUCUACAGCAACAUGAACCGUGAGGAAAUGAUGUGGUUGAUUCGCAUCAUCCUUCGUCAGAUGAAAGUGGGCGCUACCGAAAAGACCUUGUUCGAUGCAUGGCACAAAGACGCUGAGAACCUCUUCAACGUUUCUUCGAGUCUAAGACGUGUAUGUUGGGAACUGGUUGAUCCUGAACUCAGACUGGACGGUAAUGACAAGGGCAUCAAGAUCAUGCAGUGUUUCCAACCCCAGCUCGCGCAAUUUCAGUCCCAUACGGUGGAGAAGAUGGUCACGAACAUGCAAUGCACCGAAGAAGACCCUGUCUUCUGGAUCGAGGAGAAGUUGGAUGGCGAGAGGAUGCAGCUGCACAUGGUCUACGACGAAACAAUACCGGGGAAUUAUCGUUUCAACUAUUGGUCGCGCAAAGCCAAAGACUACACAGAUCUCUAUGGCAAAGGCUUCGGUGAAGAGCAGUCGGCACUCACUCGUCACCUCAGGGAUGCAUUUGAUGAUAACGUGCGCAGUAUCAUUCUUGACGGUGAGAUGAUCUCAUGGGACAUGAGAAUGGACAAAAUCGUGGGUUUUGGUUCUCUGAAGACUCACGCCAAAGCACACAAAGAAGAUCCAAACUCGCUGCAACAUCGCCCUCUGUUUCGCGUCUUUGAUUGCCUCUACUUGAACGACGAGGUUCUUACCAAAUACUCUCUACGUGAUCGGAGGAAAGCGCUCGAUUCUGCUGUCAANGAUGUAUACCGUAGACUCGAGAUACACGAAUAUCGCGAGGCUACUACCGCUGCUGAAGUCGAACCGAUGCUUCGCAAAGUCGUGGCAGAGGCUUCUGAAGGUAUGGUCAUGAAGAACCCACGCUCAGCAUACCGUCUAAACGAACGCAACAACGACUGGAUGAAGGUGAAACCCGAGUACAUGACUGAAUUUGGUGAGUCAUUAGACUGCGUCGUCAUUGGAGGCUACUAUGGCUCUGGUCACCGUGGAGGCAAUCUUUCGAGCUUUCUCUGUGGUCUGGCACCUCCCCAUGCACCGGGAAGUCCCAAUCCUGAGCUGAUGUGGUCGUUUUGCAAAGUUGGUGGUGGAAUGACUGCUCAGGACUAUGCGGAGAUCAGACACAUGACAGACAACAAGUGGAACGACUGGGACAGAAACAAUCCUCCAACUGACUGGAUCGAACUCGGUGGUGCUGGUCUACAAUACGAGAUGCCUGACGUUUGGAUCAAGCCCAGUGAGUCCAUAGUGCUGCAGAUCAAAGCAGCCUCAGUAAUCAUGGGCGAGAAGCGAUACCGCACAGAAUGCACUUUACGGUUUCCGCGCUUCACUGCCAUCCGAAAAGACAAAGACUGGAAAACAGCUCUCACCUUGGAAACGUUCUAUGCACUAAAAUCACGUGCAGAGCAUGAGAAGAAGGAGAAAGAGUUCAAGGUUGAUGACGCACGAAAAAGACGUGCCAAACGUGCUCGCAAGAAGGAGCUUACGGUUAUCGGUGCUGAUGAACAGAUCAAGACACCAUAUGCCGGACCUAAGACUGCCCUGUUCAACGGAAUGAGCUUCUACAUCAUCACCGGUGCUGGCAAACCCUUGAAUAAGACGAAAGCAGAGCUGGAGCAACUGGUCAAGGCUAAUGGAGGCAAUAUUGUUGCAACUCACACUAACAUCGAAACCAUAUGCAUCGCCGAAGGCAAUCCUAUUCGUGUCGCUUCAAUCAAGAAAGCCGGUGCUCGCAACAUCUUCAAACCACAAUGGUUGCUUGAAUGCAUUAAGCAAGCCGAAGCUGACGUUGGGAGACCCAAUGUAUUGCUUCCUUUCGAGCCUCGACAUGUUCUAUUCAGCAAGGAUGAAGACAAAGAUAGCUUCAAGGGCAACACUGAUGAAUAUGGUGACAGCUUUUCUCGGGACAUUGACAUCGAAGAACUCGAGAAACUGCUUUUCGACAUGCCCGACUUUGAGGACGACGAUUACGACGCUGACGAAAUCAUAGAUGAGCUGUUUGAUGAUGAUAUCUUGGAGGGACCGGGUUGCAUGUACCGUGGCUUGCGUAUGUACGUUGCUGGCGACGAUGCAAUUCUCGAAGCUGCUAAACGGAUCAUUCUAUUUGCGGGAGCACGUCUGACCAGCUCAUUGAAAGACGAGAAGAUCACCCAUGUUGUGGUUUUGGGAGAGGAACAAGCCAGGGAUCUCAGGAUCCAGACAGCUAGCCGCAGCCGCCCACCUCGCAUUGUUACUGUAGAGUGGGUCAUGAAAUCUCUGAAGGAAGGCACAAGGCUGGAUGAAGAGGUGGCACUCUAA